CACCGCCCCCAGCAUGCCACACUGCACGAACCGCGUGUUCAUCAGCAGCACUGCCUCACAAUAAAAUCCCAGCCUGAUACGAGCAGAUCUGCUAAAAAAAAUUCUAAUCAUCAAAACUGGAGACUACUUCUACAACCAGGAGAUCCACAGUGCAGCUCUGAAGUUCAGUCGACAUGCUGGGGUUGUGCGUGUGUCUUUGUGCGGUGGUCACGCACGUCGUGUCUCAGGAUGCCGAGGAGCCGGUGUCCUAUACAUGUACAGAGGGCUACGAGUACGACCCUGUCAGAGAGCAGUGCAGAGAUAUCAAUGAGUGCACCUUGUUAGAUGAUGCCUGUAAAGGCGGGAUGCAGUGUAUUAACCACUUUGGUGGCUACCUCUGCCUCCCAAAGAACGCGGUCAUCUACACCAGUAAUGGGGAGCAGGUGCCGCUGAUGGAUCCGGCUCCCCCGGUUCCACCAAGGGUCUCUCACACCAGCCGGACUGUCCGCUGUGCUCCGGGAUUUACUGCAGAUGAGCAGAACCUCUGUAGAGAUAUAGAUGAAUGUGCGACAGGCAGACACACAUGUGGCCCUGAACAGACAUGUUACAACACCAGAGGCUCCUACACCUGCCAGUGCCCUCCAGGCUACCAGAAGAAUGGAGACCACUGUGUCGACAGAGACGAGUGUACCCUUACACACUACUGCAUGCACAGAUGUGUGAACACCUUGGGCUCAUACUACUGCGAGUGCAAUGUAGGUCACAAGUUGGCCAGCAACAACCACAGCUGUAUUGAUGUGAAUGAAUGUGAGUCGCAGAACCCCUGUCAGCACCACUGCUACAACCUGAUUGGUUCCUUCCUCUGCCAGUGUGACCAAGGCUAUGAACUGGCUCAAGACUCUGUUUCCUGCCAAGACAUUGAUGAGUGCAGCUUCUCCAGCUACAUGUGCCAGUACCAAUGUGUCAAUAGUCCAGGGAGUUACUCCUGCGAGUGUCCAGAAGGUUAUCAGCUCCAAGGAAACAGGUUGUGUCAAGACAUAAAUGAGUGCGAGAUGGGCACCCACAACUGCCAAGAUGAUGAAAUGUGUUGGAACUAUUAUGGAAGCUUCCGCUGUUAUCCCAGAAACCCUUGUGAGGCACCUUAUGUCCGAACCUCGGAAAGUCGCUGUAUCUGCCGCUCUCAGACUGAGUGCCAGGGUCUCCCACCGUCAGUCGUCUACAAAUACAUGAGCAUCUACGCAGAUCGUUCAGUACCCGCAGACAUCUUCCAGAUUCAAGCAACUAACAUCUACGCCAACACACACAAUACCUUUAGGAUUAAAGCUGGUAAUGAAGGAGGAGAAUUCUUCCUUCGGCGUUCCAGUAAUGUGAGUGCCAUGCUGGUGCUAACCAAGCCUCUCUCUGGCCCAAGAGAGUAUGUGGUGGACCUGGAGAUGACCACUCACCACCUGACCAUGAACUACCGCUCCACCUCACUGCUGAGGCUCACAAUCAUAGUUGGGCCCUAUGCAUUCUAAGUACAGCCUAUAAUACCUAUAAUACCCAGCAGCCCUGCUGCCUCUGGUUAAUAAUAAUAAUAAUAAUGAUAAAACACAAACAAACAAAAAAAUAGCAGUGUAACACAGCAGAUCCCUAACAUAUUGUAUAUAGUCAUACAUUUUGCAUACCUGUAUAUGAUAGGCUAUCGCAGAGUCUGUAGACCACAGACAAGCUCAUUCUAAUACAGCAACACAGCAGCAACAACGUGGCAUGUGUUCAUGAAGGUUCAGAUGGAAUGUUCCCACAAUGCAACUUUUUCCGAGCAUUGUUACAAAGUGUCCUCUGGAAUCGAACAGUCUGUGUCUACAAAGAUUUCUUACAUUUUUUCCAACACCUGCAAUCACUGAAUUUUCAAUGGAAUACUUGCAAUUUUACAUACACAAGAUGCUGGACGCAGCAUUUCUCACUUCCACAGUGCAAACAACUGGAAAAGCUGCUGGACACAUCCUAACUAAUGCACUUCUUUUGACCUUAAAAUGUGUUUUUGAUCCAGCUGUAUCAACAUUUAUCUCUUUGAUCAGCCCAGACCUUUAACAUGUGUGUGCAUCAUUCAGACUUCCAAAGAAUAAUUCCACAUUUUUUUCUCUCCCUGCUGUAUACAUGAAGAUGACAAAUAUUCAGUAUGAGCAGCUUUUGAGGCAAAAUCAUUUACAGACCUUUUAAAUCACAGCUUCUGCUGAUAAUUUUGUAGAGGAGUUGCAUCAUUCUGUUCAUGCAAGUUUGUGUAUAAUUUGACUUAUGAGUAAUAAUUUCCAACAGGGUUCAGCACAGUUCAGAAGUGUAAAAGGAGGGUAUUUGCCAGUGGGUACAAAUUACCGUACGACAACAAGCGAUGCCUGUCGACUUCACUCAGAUGAGAUGAGUCAUGUACACACUGACGUUACAAACCCAAAUGUGUGAGUGAAAGUGUGAAACACAGAGGGAAAGAGUGAGAAAGAGCUCGUUCACGGCCCCGGGAUCGGUGGAUGUGGUUAAGCUGUUUAUGCCUUUCUGUCUUUAACAACCCUUUGGCCAGAGAGGCAAUAACUCAAGAGCACACAUGCGAAAUGAUGGCUUUCAUAAAAACACUUUGGCACACUGCAUCUCUGUGCUCGUUCAAAGCGGGGUGACCUCGCACCGGUGCUGCAGCGGUUCUCCAGAGGAACAGCUGGUCUUUCUAAUGUUGGUGCCAGUCAGCAAGUCACACUGGCACCAAGCGGGUUUGCGUGAUAGAGAUAAUUGCAGGUUUUUGCCCUCUAGCUGGUUCAUGUGUGACAUAAAGGAUUGUUAAAGUGUUAAUACAAUGCUGACACACUUCUGGGAAAUGGGGAAAAUGUUUCACUACCUGUUUUGCCUUUUAUGAUGCUACAUGUCUGCUCUGGUUUCUGGCUGAAGCAUUAUACACUGUCAACACACAACACUGAAAACCACGAAAACCAGUAAGUACUUCAGCUGUGUCACUUAUAAUAGGUCCAUCUGCCUGAAAGUUUUGCAUGUCUUCCUUUGGUUUCAACUGCAGUCGUAACAUAGGGUCCACAUGAACAUAGUGCCUUAUACACACAGACAAUUUAAUAAUUUUAAUCACUCAUGCUGUUUAGACUGUUAGCCUCUUUCAUUGAUAUGCCUUAAUAUUUUAUCUUCUAUUUAAAAUAGCCAAUAUAUAUUUUUUCACAUGUAUCUUUUAUUGAUUGUACCCUGAAGAGCAAAAGCUUUAUUGUUGAAUAAAAUAUGAUGGAUAAAUGGGA